AUGCUUGUGAAAGGAAAUGAUAUGGAAUUAUUUCACUUUUUGUCAGGUGGUCCACUGGUGAUUCAGGAAGCAAAAAUAAGAUUGAUUCAAAACGUCAAGUUAAUUAAGGAACUUAUACUCGAAAUGAAAUUUAUCCCGUUUCCUCCCAGACCGAAGUUGAAGUUCGCGGUCACAGUCGAGUACUUACAACUGGUGAAGUCAAUGGCUCAAGAAGAAUACCCUCCACGAGAUGGGCACGAAAACAGCAGGCAGUUGAAUGUGAUCGCGAGAGCAAUUUUAAUUUUCCCCGAUCUGGUUAAAGAUUGGAUAUCGAUAGGGUACCUUCAAAUUUGCAGAGAUGUCAACGAUUUAGUAUUACAAGGCGCUUUGUUGAUCUUCUUUCCGCCCAACUCUCCUGAGGAUUACGAUCAGCAAAAUAUGAACGAUGUAGUAGAAAAACUCAAACAACUCACUGAACUCGGAUUUGAGUUGUCUGCAUCCGUCAUGGCAGAUGUGCUUUGCAUAUUUGAGGAUAAACUGAAUAGAAUUGGGGAUAUACUAAUCGAAUCGUUUCGGGAAGUACACCACAAAUCCGGCUCACAGAUUGCGUCCGAGUGCUUAAAAGAGGUAGUAAAACCAGAAAAGAAUUUGAAAAGGCGGGAUGUGCUGAUCUUCUUGAAAAAGAAUGUAGGAAACGAAAUACAGCCGGAGGUCAAUCGUAUAUUAGAUCAUUAUUACGUAGGAAUGAGAAAGAGCGACUUAAAGGAUUUAGAUGAAUCUGUUGAAAUCAUUGCGCCUAAACUGUGUUCACUAUUUUACAAAUGGAUUCUCGAAGAAUUUGGGAGUGAGAGCGAAACAGCAAGGAAAUGUUUUGAUAACAUUAUUUUAGUUCGAGUAUGGAUUGAUAUUAAAACAAAGGAAUUCCCUCGUCAAACAGUGCCCAAAUCCAUGGCCAGUUAUGCGUGCACGGAAAUUUGCACAUUGUAUGAAGAGUUUUGUAAGAACGAAGUUCCAUUCCAAUCAGAUCAUCUAGAAUUGAUAAGCCGAGCAAAUUCAAAAGAAGUUAUUCAACCCUUAUUUGGAUAUCUUUUCCACGCCCUUGAUAAAGAUGAAUCACAUUGGAUUUCUUUGAGUGAUGGUGAAAAAGAAGUAGCAAAUAAAAGGAAGAACGUCGAACAUGACUUAAAAGUUUACGAUUUAAUUAUCGCCGAUUGGAUAGACGAUCUGAUUGUUAUGCGCAAUGAAAUAAGCAACAACCCAAACUCAAAUUUUAAAGAUCAAUAUAUGGAUUUCUGGAAUAGACUUAUUAGCAAGAGAAUUUAUGAUGAUUUAUUGCGUACCAAUGUGGAAGGUCGACUUUCAAAGCGUCUUAAACAUGCCGAAGUUUAA